UGAGUAUUUCCGAAAAUUUUCUUAAUAAUAAGAUAAAAAACGAAAUGUGUUAAAUUUGCAAAGUUAUGCGCUCUUCCCUUUCUGGCAGAUUUGCAGUUGCUAUCGUACAAUGCAUUAUAUAUUAUUAGAAUGUUAAGAACGUCAAAAAUUAAGUGAUAAUUGCUGUAAUUCCCUAGUAAAACUAAGUGUUUUUGAAAUCAACCAAAAAAAGCGAAACGCAAGAGUUGUGUGAACAAAAAAAAAACAACCACAGAAACCAAACAAAAAUCAAUAUUUUGCGAAAGAAAGGAAUAAACAAUUUUUAAUGGAGUUUAUUUUUGAACAGUUUAUUUUAUGCUUGAAUAAAUAACUAAAUUCAUCUCACAAGUGAAGUGAUAAAAUAAAGUCAGUACGCAAAGAAAACAAGAUUAGACAAAAAAACAUAUUUUACUAGAUUGAUGGAUUAAAAAUACUCUAAGCAUACAGCUGGUUUGUUGUUGUUAUUGUAGUUGUCGUGACGAUAUACACUCAGCAGAGUUAACUUCGACGCGCUUUAGUAUUACUCCAAUAAGAAUUGGUUAUUUGGCCGUACGCUGCAAACGGAAUCCAUUGGUUGUUGUUGCUGUUUUGUAGUUUUUGAACCGUUUCCGUUCAAAAGCCUAUAAAGGCAAGCAGUACGAUUUGGUCGAGCUAAGCCAAAACGAUAAAUUUACCUUGAAAAUUCCCAUCCCAUGUUAUUGGGGGGCAUACAGCCAAUAUAAUUGAAGCCAAUUAAUAAAAAACAAAUACUAUAAUAUCGACAAACAAAUAUGGGACAAACGUUAUCAGAGCCAAACACCGCCAAGGAAUCAUCCUAUUGCCAAAAUGAACUAUAUAGAGUGGGAUCCAGCUGUAUGCAGGGCUGGCGCAUAAAUAUGGAAGAUUCACACACACACAUUCUAUCAUUGCCCAAUGAUCCAGGAGCCUCCUUUUUCGCUGUCUACGAUGGACAUGGAGGUGCGACUGUGGCACAAUACGCUGGCAAACAUUUACACAAAUUUCUGCUACGAAGGCCAGAGUAUUACCAGGAUGAAAUUGAGGUGGCACUAAAACAGGCAUUUUUGGAUAUUGACUAUGAAAUGCUUUACAAAGAGUCAUGGGGCGAACAAAUGGCCGGAUCAACUGCUGUCGUGGUGUUAAUUAAGGAUAAUCGUUUGUAUUGUGCCAAUGCUGGAGAUUCACGUGCUGUCGCAUGUAUCAAUGGAAAAGUAGAGACACUAUCAAUGGACCACAAGCCAAAUAACGAAGCUGAAUCGAAACGCAUAAAUGAAGGUGGCGGCUGGGUUGAGUUUAAUCGAGUCAAUGGUAACUUGGCUUUGUCAAGGGCAUUAGGCGAUUUUGUAUUUAAGCGGAACCAAAUGAAAUCACCCGAAGAACAAAUUGUAACAGCCAAUCCUGAUGUAGAAACACGCACUCUCGAUGAAGAUUGGGAAUUCCUUGUUCUCGCCUGCGAUGGUAUUUGGGAUGUCAUGAGCAAUGAAGAAGUCGUCAGCUUUUGCAGGGCACGCAUCGGUCAAGGCAUGUAUCCAGAGGAGAUAUGCGAAGAGUUAAUGAAUCAUUGUUUGGCACCCGAUUGCCAAAUGGGUGGUCUAGGCGGUGAUAAUAUGACCGUGGUUUUAGUAUGUUUUCUUCAUAAUAAGCCGUAUGCGGAUUUGGUAGCGCGAUGUGCCUCGUCUUCCACAUCCAUAAUAUCAAUGGCAAAAGCGGCAAUGACCAAUACUGCAGCGACGACGACGCCAAUAGUAACAACAACCGACAUCACAACGGACCAACAAAAGACACCAUUGUCGGCGCCAUCGUCACCAGAAGAUGAAGAAGAGGAAUUAGAUCUGAAAUAACGUCUUAGUGAUACAAAAUAUCGGUGGAUCAAAUAUCAACAUAAUACCAUUAAGAAACGCCACUUAGUCUCCUCCUCUGGCUCCAAAUUGUUUGUGGAGUUUUGCCUUUAAAUGAUAAUUUUGUUCGUAAGAUUAUUUACUUUUGUUCACUACCGAUUAUCGUUUAAUUUUUAUAAAACAAAAAUGCAAAACGUAAAUGUUAGAUUUUUAUGCUGUGUAAACUUUCCGUGAGUGAAAACAACUUGUUUAUCCUAUAUUAGUAGAACUGUAAAACAAUCCCCGAGAAAUGCCUGUGAAAGAUACGGCAAUUCCUUUGGAAUAAUUGAUAGUAUUUAUAAUGAAUGAGUCUUGUACAAUAAAACUUUUCCAGUAAUGGA